GACUUUACUUUCUUUCCCUCGCGUACUUGGAUUCGACCUCGCUCGCUUUGACGAGUAACCAUUCUCAGCUCGCCACCACGCCCACACGCGCGCGCAUUUUCUUGUCGCCAAAAAACCGCACACGCAUUCUCAAUCCUUGACCAUGACCGGUGCCGUCCGGUCCACCGCCCUCAGGGCUGGUGGUGCCUGUGUGCGCUGUCGCAAGGGCAAGACGAAGUGUGUGUACGAAAAUGGUCGCGCCCCUUGCAAGAAUUGCGCAAAAGGCCUGCACCAAUGCUACCUCCCUUCCGACUCCAUGGCCGGCGCUACGGCUUCCCGACACACGGUGCAUCGCCCAGCGAGGGAGAGUCUCCCUGCGACUGGGGGGACUUCGAGUGACCCUCGCGCCGCGAAUCCGGCAUCGGUCUCCCGCCACAUCCAACCCCCAGCCGGCGAUAAACUUACACCCGAGCUUCUUCAAGAAUGCGAACGCGUCGUUUCCAAGACGUAUCCGGCUUCGGAAGCUUUCCACAAGCCGACCUUCGUCCAACAACUCAAGAACUCCUCUCUUGAACCAGCGCUCGUGUAUGCGCUCCUGACAUGUGCUUCCCGGAGUUCACCGGCACUCAUCCGUCGCUACGGCAAUCAAUCAGGAGCCACCGGAGCGGCCGAGCACUUCGCCAGCAAGGCGAUGAGCAUCAUCAUUCACAACAUGGAUGCUCCGUCCCUGGCCGACCUCCAGGCCAUCUGCCUGAUCAUCAUCCACGAAUGGGGCUCUCGCAAUGCCGUUCGUGCUUACAUUUACCUCGGCCAGGCCAGCCGCAUGCUCCAGAUGUACCGGGUCCUCCACAGCCACCAUGUUGGUGAUCACGGCAAUACCGACCGGUUCCUUGAGGAUGAGUCGUUCCGUCGCGUCCUUUGGCUGCUCUACAUCCUCGAUUGCCUCCUGACCAGCCAUCCCGGUCGUCAGCCGGCUCUCUCUGUGGCCGACACGCUGGAUGUCUCUCUGCCCUGUUUGGACAUGAACUUCGCCUUUGGAAAUGCCGUGUUCGUCAAGACGCUGGACUUGAGCAAGCCUCGACACAUGCCCCCUGACGCCCAGGUCGACGUGGUGGGUGAGUUUGGCCACAUCGUUCUGGCUACGCGCAUCUGGCGCGACGUCGUCCAGAUGCUCUUGUCGCCCGAACCGUUCAGCGAGGACACUUGCGCCCAACUCGUGGCCGCCAUUGAGAAGUUGCGGCAUUCGCUGCCUAUGCAGUACACCGAGAAGCCCGGGCAGAUCAACCUGCACAUCACCAUGGGUUCCGGCUUCACGUACGCCAUGCUCCAUUGCAUGCUCCACUGCGCAUGCAUCUUCAUCCACCGCCGUCGCCUGCUGCACUACGUCACGGCCCACGACUUUAACAUCGAGACGUGGCGUCUCACGCCGGAGUGCCACGAGAUCGUCGGCCACCUUUUCACCUCAUGCCACGCCAUCAUCGCGUUGCUUUCGGCUCUCGACGCCGGAUCCGACAAGGAGUCGAUUCUGUGCUAUCCGAUCGCCAUGCUCUUCUCGGCCUUCACGGCCAGCGCCACGGUGGCCUACCUGUCCCUGAAGGGCCUCACGCCGCAGAAUACCUGUGAGACGGCGAGCAGCCUCGUUCGCGACGGGCUCCGGUUCAUGCAGGACGGCGUCAAUACUUGGCCCCUCAUCAGCUCGUGGCUGCGCCAUCUCACGGUGAUGCACCGUGUCUUGGACAACGACAGCAUCCCGCGUGUGGCCCCCGGUGGAGGAGGAGGAGGCGGCGGGGAUGGGGUACACGCGUCGUCGUCGUCGUCGUCGUCGGUGAAGGACGAUGUCGCGUCCAACGCGGACUCGAACCAGGCCGAUACCUCCAUGGACUACGAGCAUGGGGCGGACAUGCACAAGCACCCGUCCAACAGCGAGAGCGGGCGUGAUAGCGAGCCGCCCGCCCCGGCACCCCGCCGACCCGGCGUGACGACCAUUAACGGCGGGUCCGGCGGGAUCGGCACGCCGGCGGCUACUACCAGCCCGCCUCCCGUGCAGACGGAGGUGAAGCGCUCCCCGGAGUCGGUGCACGGCCAGCCGGUUGUGAGUAACGGACACGACCAGGGCGGCGUCGACCGGCCCGUGCCUCCCGCUCCGCAGGAUAUGACGGCUUUGGAGCUUUGCGUUGCUUUUGAGCGACAGCUGCUCGAGCUGGAUGACCUUGCUGCGUUUAUGGGUGGUGGUGUCUAAAUGUGGCCUAAUAUCUGAGAGUCCUUUUUUCUUGUGUGGUUUGGACUGCAGUUUUCCUUGGCCUUUGUACUACUAUCUUCCGACGGUUCGGCGUGGUGCUGAUCAGACUGGAUUUGGGGUGUUCUAUUGCGGCAGCGUGGGCCGCGACCUGCAAGCCAAACACGCAACCGGUGCGGUGUCGCUUGACAGCUGCCUUGAGUGGCGAUGAGUUGACUGUUUUUGCAGUGUGACGUUGGCUGCCUUUUAUUGUUUGCGUGGU